CCCGCGGCCGCGGCGGCCGGGCAGGUUCAGCAGCAGCGGCGCCACCAGCAGGGAAAAGUGACAGUGAAAUAUGAUCGCAAGGAGCUCCGGAAGCGGCUCGUGCUGGAGGAAUGGAUCGUGGAGCAGCUGGGGCAGCUGUACGGCUGCGAGGAAGAAGAAAUGCCAGAUGUAGAAAUUGACAUUGAUGAUCUUCUCGAUGCAGACAGUGAAGAAGAAAGAGCUGUAAAAUUACGGGAAGCUCUUGUAGACUGCUACAAACCAACAGAGGACUUCAUCAAGGAGCUGCUGUCACGGGUAAGGGGCAUGAGGAAACUGAGCCCCCCACAGAAGAAGGCUGUAUAAUUCUGACCCAGGGGGGAUUCUCCCAAGGCCAAGAAGGGACCCGGGGCUUGGACUUCAUGAAGACUUUUCUUGAAGAAUACUUGUCCUUAUGAGCAACUUUUUAUUUUGGGGGGGCUGUGGGGGGGAAUCUAUCACACAUUUAUUCGAGAGUGUUCCUUCUUCUUUUUAAGGGUUUUGUUGGUAUCAUAUUUUAAUGGUAACGGUGUUACGACUGCGGCUUCCGCGUGACCACACACACCCAAGGGUGGUCUGGCUCAGGCAGCAUCUUGGAGAAAUCAGGUGUUUAGGGAGGGUGGUUUUCUUACACCUAGUUUUGGUAAUACUUUUUUCUUCAGUUGUACAUUUGACUGAGUUGUUGAACGCCCCGUCCUUGUAUAUAUCUACAGACAACUAAGUUAAUACGUAGAUGUGAGUUUUCUUUCACCCUGAUGGAAUGGCCUCGUGGUCGUCUUUUCAUUGGAGGUCACAGCGAGUGUGCUUUCGAGAGGCCACUAGCUCUUCUUGGCAUGAGCGCUGCUGACCUUCAACAUUCACUUUAUGCACCAAAGUGAAGCACUUGGUGUAUCCGUUAUUUGAAUGAGCUACACUACAGACACGUUGAGUUGGUCAAGGGCUUAGUUUAUGGACUUGAUGUUUUUUCAUUAAUUGGGAUGCUUUGCCAGGUCAUGUACUUAUUGCCUCAUUUGUGGUAUUUUAAAGUUUAAUGAACCCUUACUUUGAAGGACUGUUUGGAUUUUGAGAGAAAUGCCCACGCGCUGGACUGGAGCUCUGCAGUGGAACAAGGAAGCACUGUGUAGCAACUAAUUCUCUGCUUUCAACCAAAUACUAUGUAUUGUUCUCUCUUCAUGAAAGCAUGUCAUAAGGAAGUUAGCAAAUGAAGUAUCUGCCUCCUUAGAAGUAGAUUCUGGUCACUUCUGUGCCUGGGCAGCAUCAAACCAGAGGGGGGAAGCUGAGUGUGAAGAGAUGAGGAAGACGCAUUUCGUCUCGAGCGUGGACACAGGAGCCUUCGCUGGUGUGGCAGGGUGAGGAUCACGUUUCUAACUUGUCUCUAUAGCAUACGCUAAAGCCGCUGGCUCCUGGCCCUAAUUCUGCACCCUGAUCCUUGCCUGGGGUGCCUGUCCUGCCCCUCUCAGUUACAUCCCAGCUCCUUGGAGAGGGAUCAGGAUUCAGAUGGGCAUGUGCGGAGUCCACGGUGAGAGCAGAGGCUCUUCCUGGCCUCCGGGAGGUGGCCACUGCCUCCCCACGGAACUCCACCUCUCACCAGGUCCUAGGCGGCCCUGUCCGAGGACAGGGGUCAGGCAUUUUAUAUCAAGGGUGCUCUGAACAUAUUUUAUUUUUUAAAAGAACUAUGUUUGUGAAUUUUACGUAUACUGGCAAGCUUUUGAAAAUGUAUUUAAUUUUGUAAUGUUUACCAAUGGUUUAUUUACGAGCUAUUUACUCAAAUAAAUGGAGCUGCUUACACUCUG